GUGCACCAUCCCGGUCAAGGGCAGCCACGCUUGUGGGAGGCACUGCACGCUCAUCUGUCACUCUGGUCUGGCCACAUUUGGGGGGGUUUAAUGCUUCCUGUAGCCUUUUGUAGUUAUCUCAGCAGAGACUCGCCAGUAUUUCACAGAAUGUCUCUUCCGUGUUUACAGUGGUAUGUGGCUAUGCAAGGGAGAGGUGCCAAAACCCCAACCGGUAGAUGCACAGUUCAGCCGUGUGCUAUGGGAGGGGCUCAGCUGCUGCUGGGUUCCAUGGGCAGGUGGCCUAGAAGCAGCGUUUUAAAGCCAUGAUGAAAUAAGUUGGCUGUGCAGAAGGAUAAAAGAUAAAACUGAGGUAGUUGUUGCGUGUCUGGAGUUUCAGACCUAUUUGGUGAGACAAUUCGGUUUGGCCUCUGGAUGCUUUUCAUCAAUCUUGCUGCAUGGGUUUCAGCCCUACAUAAAACACCAUAACAUGGUCUGCCUGUGGUCUAGCCCAAUGACUGAAUAGCAGUGCAACCAGGAGUGUGGUACCUGACCAAGAGUCUCUCCACUGCUGCAUUUUCUGUCAGGUGUUGGGAGUUACAUGAUUUAAUCCAGUAGUUGCAGAUAGUUGUGCCUCAGAGCUGAGCAGAGGUUAUGCUCUUGUGAUAUUUGUAUGGGGCUGGGGCGUUGGAGUAUUGAUUCACGCAGAAGGGGGUAUGUUGGCAAAUAAUGUCUCUUGAUAAAGCAGCUAAUGUGGUUUAGGGGAAAGAGAAAUUUCCAGGCAAAGAAAUAAUUCUUUAGAACUAAAAUAGUAAGUGAAGCUUCAAAGUUAAAUAUACCCUGAGAACAGUUACUUGCCUUAGCUGCAUAGCAAACUGUCCAAGAGAAACAGUAGCAUACGUGGUACAGAGAAAAUCUUGCAGGGUGGUGGAAAGAGAUGGUAGGUGUUUUAUCUCCAACCAAAGACAAUUGGGUUGCUUGAGACACUGCUUGAGGGUUUUGUGAAGGAAAAGGGGGAGCUUACAACAUGCCAUAAAACCUGUACUUCUGUCAAGUGUCUGGUUUUUGGUGUCCAGUAGAGCCUGGGGGUGAAAAGCUCAUCUUUAAAUGAUGUUCUUCAGGACUUCCUUGAACCCAGAGAGAUCAGAGUCUGUUGUGUAGAAAAUCAUCUCCCUUCUUCACUCUGCUUAUGUGCUUUUGUGUCCUUUAAUGUGCAGAGAAGCUAGAGAGGAGCAAACCCCCAAUGUGGUCAGGGUAUGGAGCGCAGGCCUACAAGAGGUAGAGGGAACUGCACCAGUUUAAUUUGGCAGACAGGAUGCGAAGGGACAAGCUAAUAGCAGACUGCACCUAUGCACAGGGCAGUUAGAAAGAGCCCAAAGCCCUAUGCUUGUCGGGGGUGCCAGGUGCUAGACCAAAGUAAUGCUGCCACAAGCUGUGCUGCGCAGUCAGGCUGAGCAUUAGGAUAAGCUCUUCCCCCAGGAGGGUGGUGCAGUCAUGGAGCAGGUCCCCAGCAAUGUGGGGGAGCCCCAGCCUUGGGGUGUCCAGUCUUGGCUGGGUAAAGCUCCAGUCACCUUGGCUGGUGCCAGCCCUGCUGUGAGCAGGCUGUGGGGCUGGAGAGAGGUGGAGGGCCCACCCCACCUCUGCUGCUCUCAUUUUAUGGAUUCAUUCUGGUGUGGAGAGGUGGAUUAGUUUACCUGUAGAGUGAGCAGAUGCUCCUUUGCGGGACCAGGAACUGCACUGUUCUGUAUUCACUGGAAGGGGAGCUGUAUUUGUUGAAGUCAUUGCUCAGGUCCAGCCAGGAGACAGUUGGUGCAUGUGGCGCUGCAGGAAUUCUCUUUCCAGUGAGGAAACGAGCUGGGAACUAACUGUCCACAGAGCAUACUGAGAAAGCCCUGGGGAGGUUGGUGAAGAAGCUGAACCAUGAGGCAGCAAAGCCAGCCAGCGGAAUAAUCCUGAGCUAUAUGAACAGGAGCAAUGCCUGUUCAAGGGAUGUGAUUGUCCCCCUCUGCUCAGCACUCUAAUGAGCAUGUCUAGUUUCUGCAUCCAGUUUUCCAGCCCGCAAUACAGGAAACAGUUUAGAAACUGGAAGAAGUUCAGUGGAGGGCCACCAUGAUGGUUAGGAUGCUGGAGCACUUGCCUUUUGGGGAGAGGCUGAGGGAACCGGCUUCUUCAUCCAUAGAGAAGACAAAAUUUUGGGAGGCCCUAGUGGCAGAAGCUCCCCAAUAGCUACGAGGAGGUCAUCAAGGAGAUGGAGCCAGGUUCUUUUAAUGGUACAUGGCAGGAGGAUGAGAAAAUGGGCUUAAGUUGAAACUCGAGAGGCUUAGACUGGAUUUACAGAGAAACUUCUUUCCCAUGAGAGCCAGGCAGCAGAACAGGCUGCCUGGGGAGGUUCUGCAGUCCUGCAUCCUUAGAGGUUUUCAAGACAUGCCUGGCUAAAUCCCUGAGUAACUUGUUCUAACCCCACAGGUAACUGCUGUGAGUAGGAGGCUGGGCUCCUAAGGUCAGGCCUGUUUGAAGGUCAGGAGAGAUGGCUCACAGAUUUCUCUGCAGAGCAGAUAUUCCAGUAACUGUUCACAGGCAAGCCCUGAACGAAGACAAUGGGUUUGCAGGUUGUUAUAAUUACUCUGCCCUUUAUCAACCUGUCUGUAUGCUCCAAGUUCUAACUUACUAGCUCUCAGGAGACAGCCUAUUUCUAGUCUCUUUUGCCCUUCCCACUGAGGAGUUUUCUACUCACUUGUGAACCACCUUUCCUGCAGGUGGCUAGCUGAUAGGUAGCCCAGCUCUUGUCACUGAGCAGAUGACGCAACGUGAGCUCUUCAGAGCUAAACACCAGACUUGGUCAGAGUUUUGGACAAAAUUGCAGAUCCCACUUUGAGUUGGCUUUUGUGUCCUGACUUGUUACCAAAAGGAUCACUGGAUUGUGUAAAAGGGCAUGUUGGAGGGAGGACAUGGCACUGGCACUGGCUCUGUGUGAAGCAUUACUACGGGACAGAACCCUGAGAGCUGGUACCCAGAGACUGAAAAAGGUUACAGAAAAACAAAGAAUUUAGGGGGUGGGACCGAAACAUUUUUGUCUAACUUGUUUAUGAUUUGUGUAGAGAAGAGUAUUUCUUUUGGGGUGACCUUCUAAUCAAGUAAGCAAAGGUGGUAUUUGCUACUGGCUGCUACUGAAAUUAGAUAAAUUAAACUACAUUGUAAAGCAGUGUUGUACCAUUAGGACUAAUUAUUCCUUAGGGCAUCUCAGCUUGAGGUGAGGUAGGCUCUUUACUGCUUUUGUUGAGAGUGAAGUGCUUUCUGGCUCGGUCAGAAGUUACUGGGUUCAGUGUCAGACACUGAAACUCUCCUGUGUGAUGCCAAAGCCUAAACUUUCUUAUCUUAGAGCCUUAUUUAGCUUUAAAAGGUAAGAAUUCUUGACCUAGCCAUAGAUCUCUUGAGUGCCUUUACACAGCUUACUUAUACCAUAUCUAUGCAGAAAUUUUUCAUUAAUGUAGCUAAAUGUGUUGUUUAAUGAAUUUGAAUGUAUGGGAGAAGUGCUGCCAGUACAUUAACAUGAUUAUAGGCUACCAAAGUUAGUAACUAAGAUGCACUGAUGCUUCAAAAGAGGAAAAAGAGGAACACAGCACCUAGAAGAAAAGCAAAGGCAUGCACCAGGAUUGUUAGUAAGGCAGUAAUUAACAAUUAUCAUUUUGUCUUUUUAUUAUUUUCUACUAUUACUGCAAAAAAAAUCCUUACGAAGGUGUAUUCUCGUCUCCCUAAUUCUUGCCUGCUGAAAGAUAAAUCUGGCAGGUAGAAAGAUAUUGCUUUCCCUGGGGAAUAAGCAUCUUUAAAAGCAGAGUGAUGAGCCAUCCCAAAUGCCUGAGUCCUGGGGAGCCCAGUGAGGUGGUGUCUGAGGAGAGGAAGUUUCAGCUAGUCACAGAAAGAUCCCGGGGGCUUUACACAUGGCAGGGAGCACACCCAAAUGCAGAGGGAGCAUGUGACAAACUCCACGCUGAGAAUGCUGUAUUCAGAUUGUAAAACUUUGCAGAGCAUUUGGGCUGUAAUUCUUUUCUCUCCUACCUUCUCAGGUGCACUGGACCAAAGAGGAGAAUUAUAUGUUCAGGCUCUCAGCGUUCCAGGAUCCAUUGCGGAAUUGGCUCCGGGAUAACCCACGCACCAUUUCCCCUGACCCUUUCUACCAGCUCGUGCUUCACUGGCUGGAAGAGGACUUGCCAGACUUGUCUGUCUCUCGUGAGAGAAGCCGGCUGCAGUGGGGUAUCCCUGUCCCCAGUGACUCAACACAAACUAUUUAUGUAUGGGUAGAUGCCUUGGUGAACUAUCUGAGCGUGGUGGGCUACCCCGAGACACACGGCGAGUGGUGGCCUGCUGCACACCAUGUUGUGGGCAAGGACAUCCUCAAGUUUCACGCUGUCUACUGGCCAGCGCUGCUGAUAGCAGCAGGGCUGGCUCCCCCUGAGCGAAUCUUUGUGCACUCCCACUGGACUGUCCAUGGGCAGAAGAUGUCCAAAAGCCUGGGCAACGUGAUUGAUCCUUUUGCUUGUAUCAGACAGUACACAGUAGAUGGAUUUAGGUACUUCCUGCUAAGGCAGGGUGUCCCUGAACGGGAUUGUGACUAUUAUGAUGAGAAGGUUGUUAAGCUAGUGAAUUCAGAACUGGCAGAUGCACUUGGGGGGCUUCUGAAUCGGUCAACGGCCCUCAGCAUUAACCCCAGCAACACUUACCCUUGUUUCUCACAGUCUUGUUUUCCAAAUGUCUUGGAUUACAGGGAGACAAAAGGCAUGGGCAGGGCUUCUGCUGAAGACUAUGAGUUCGUGGCAUCUGUGGCUUCCCUGCCUCUGCAGGUGGCUAGUUAUUUUGAAGGUUUCCAGAUCUACAAGGCUUUAGAAUGUAUUGCCCUGUGUGUAAGGCAGACCAACAGUUUCUUCCAGAGACACAGGCCUUGGAAACUCAACCGAAAAGACCCUGCAGAGCAGCUGUGGCUUGACACCAUCAUCCACAUUACGCUGGAAUGUCUGCGUGUCUAUGGGACUCUCCUCCAGCCCGUGAUCCCACACACUGCAGACAGGUUGCUUUCCAGGCUGGGUGUUGAGCCAGAAGAGAGAGAUCUCUCAAGUUUGACAUUUCUGCCACGCUACAGUGGGAAGCUAUGUCCCUUUGAAGGCAGACAGCUUGGACCUGACACCGGCAUCUUAUUUCACAGAGUAGAGAAGCCAAGACAGCAGCAGAUAGAAACCAAGAAGCUGUAGUCUCUGACAACAGCUUCUGUAAAUAAAAGCCUCUGGGAACUCCCAGAAAA